AGAAAUGGAUGGAGGUUAAGAGUGUAGAAAUACCAUGCGAACCGAAUACCCUAACUUUAAUAUAGCCGUUAUCUGUCGAUAGUCUUUGUUUAUUUUCAAUAACAUGCCCUUGCAUUACAUAAAAAAUCUAAGACACUGUGUGGGUGAUUUGUAACCAUGAAUCAUUCAUUUGACUACACUUUCCUUCCCUUUGCUUUCCUUCCCUUUGCUUUUGUCUUCACCGUCCGCCCGCGGGAAAGGGAAAAGGGAGCCCGUCAAGAUCCGAUUCUACUCGCCAAAAAAAAUUGCCCCAAAACCGAAACAGCCAAUCAAAAGAAUUCCGGACCACCAGAAUUUUUGGCUCUCACCCAACAGUCUCAAUUUUUUUUUUUUUUUGUUUUCUGGCCACCGACGCUGUUGAACGUUCCUCUUCCUUAUAACUCAUCUUCCAGUUCAUAAUGACCUUCUUGGCCACUGCUAUCCGUAACGCUGCUCCUUUGGUAGCUCGACGUGCCGCUCUUAAGCAAGCUCCUGUCGCCUUGUCCGCCAUUGCUCAAAAGAGAUGGAACUCUAACAGCGUUGAG